AUGGGUUAUAUCUUAUUGAGUUGUGGACCAGUGUUAGGGUCCCUCAGCUGCAAGACAUCGGAGCUUGCCACCUUGCCAUCGAAGACUCAACUCAUGCCUGCUGUGCCUGAAACAAAGGCUCACGGAAACUACACCUGCUGGAUGACACGACUAGGAGAGCAAUGCUUUCUGGUGUCUAUGGGUAAGACCCUGUUGCAUAAAAGAGUAAUGCUUCUUCAGCUCUGCCUGUUGAUAAUGCCCUUCCUCUUUAUGACACCAACUGGACAUGCUGAAUACAGUCACCCUCCAGAAGCAGUGAUAACUUUGAGGGUCACUGACACUAAAAAACAUACUCCCCCAGACUGUCUAUCCUACAGCCUGCAAUUUGGAGGAGAAAGACAAAGUAUUACCAUGAAACCCAAGAAAAACUUGAUAUCCAGAAACUUUGUAUUAUUCAUUUAUAGUGACCAAAAUGAUCUCCUGGAAGAACAGCCUUUUGUGCAGAAUGACUGCUACUACCAUGGCUAUGUGGAUGAAGACUCAGAAUCCCUGGUCAUUGUUAACACCUGUUUUGGGAGUUUGCAAGGCAUACUAGAGAUAAAUGGCACAACUUAUGAAAUCAUGCCCAAGAGCUCAACUUCAACAUUUCAAUAUCUGGCUUACAAAAUGGGAAGUGGGGAGUCAGAAUCAUCUCCCAUGAGAUGCAGGUUAUCAGGAGAAGAAAUAGCACGACAAAUGAAGCUUCUGGAAAGCAAUACCUCCACACUUUUAGAAAUCUCCUAUGAGAACUGGUGGACUCACCACAGGUUUGUUGAAUAUUUUGUAGUAAUAGACCAUAAACUAUACGUUUAUAGAAGGAACAAUACUACAACUUCUAUAAAAGAUAUUUCAAAUGGUUAUUAUCUUCAAAUAGAUACUGAUGUGAUUUUAACCACUCUUCAAGUGUGGGAUGAAAAAGACCUUGUCAAUGUAGAACAAGAAAUACCUAAUGUCCUAGAUGCUUUCUGCAAUUGGAAGAUAGACAUGAUUGGCAAUCAUGUUAGACAUGAUAUCAUACACCUUUUUGUCAGACACAGAUAUGGUCAAUAUAUAGGGUUAUCUAAUGUAGGUAUAGUUUGUACCUCUAAUAAUUAUGCAGUUAUCAGUUUUGUUUCUGAUGUAAUGUCAGACUUAGCAUUCAUUGUAGCACAUGAGAUGGGUCAUAACUUGGGUAUGCAGCAUGAUAUAAGUGGAUAUUCUUGUGGGUUAGCAAAAUGCAUAAUGAACCCAUCUAAAUCGUAUUCCCCAAAAUUCAGCGACUGUAGUUAUGAAGAAAUGUACUCACUUGUUACCACAAGAAGUUGCUUAUACAAUAUUCCAGAAGCAGUAAUAACAAACCUGAUGGAGUGUGGGAAUAACUUGGUUGAAGAAGGAGAGCAGUGUGAUUGUGGGAGCACUGAAUCCUGUUCAAAAGAUCCAUGCUGUAGCAAAGACUGUGUUCUCAAACCCAGUGCUCAAUAUACUUUUGGACUUUGUUGCAAAGAUUGCCAGUUCCUUCAAACAGGCACCGUGUAUAGAGAAGAGAAAACUGAGUGUGACCUUCCAGAGUGGUGCAAUGGAACUUCAGCAGAGUAUCCAGAAGAUAUGUACAUAGUGAAUGGAAGCCCUUGCUCAGGUGGUGGUUAUUGCUAUAAAAUGGCAUGUCAUGAACGUGAGGCACAGUGUAAGAAGAUUUUUGGCUAUGAAGCCCGGAGUACAAAUGAAAUUUACAGGGAAAUAAACAACUGAGAUGACAGUUUCGGUAGUUGUGGUAACAGUAGUUCUAACUACAUAGGAUGCAAUAUCGCUGAUGUACUCUGUGGAAGAAUUCAGUGUGAUAAUGUGGAAGAGAUUCCACAUAGGAGAAGCCAUGAAACAGGGUAUUGGACUCACUUCGAUUAUUUCACCUGCUGGAGUAUGGGCUAUCAUUUUGGUAUUACCAUAGAGGACAUCAGAGCAGUGGAUGAUCGCACAGCUUGUGGGCCAGACCAUAUAUGCAUUGACAGAAAAUGUGUCAGCAAGUCUAUUUUGUUUAGUAACUGUUCAGAAAGCUUAUGUAAUAUGCAAGGUGUCUGCAACAAUAAACAAAAUAAAUGCCAUUGUGACAUCAUGUGGAAACCACCAGACUGUCAACUACCUGGCUGUGGAGGUAGUAUAGACAGUGGACCAUCUUCUGGAACAUUAGCUAGCAAGAGGAAGUCUGGUAAAGUGUCCUUUGCUGUACAAAAGAUUUUUACCUUCAUGGACAUAGCAUGUGGAAGACCCAGCUCAUUUGGUCAGUGUCAUAUCCGGUUUGGUGGGCCUCUACUCCAUAAUAAUUUAUGCUGUUGAAACCAGCAAACCAGUGAUCUGCACUCCUUGACAACUUCUACCUCGGAUCCUGCUUCGAGCUUUCUGUUGUACUUUUCUACUUGCCCUGACUUCACAAUGUGAUGUGGUAUGAACCUAUGAGAUGAAAUAAACUUGUUCU